AUGACAAAAUCGUAUCAUUUCUUUAAAAACAGAUUGGAGUCUGUAUUAGAUGAGAACACAUUUUGCAAAUUAUGGGACUUUCUAGACUACUGGAUUUUUAACAAUGCUUGGAUACCAAUCCUAUUUAUAGUUUUCCUAGGAGUUGCUUUUGAGAUAAUCCUUGUAAGAACUUGUGAAUUCUUUAAGAAGAAGCUUGAGCUAUGGGAAAAUGGUAGUUUGGGUUCUCAGAAGCAGAAUGAAGAUGGUUUCCCAAAAGGCAUGACAUUUGCUACAGAAAGCUGGUCAAUUACCCACUCAUCUUCAGCAGAAAGAGUUGAAACCCUUUCAGGACAAGUAACAACCACUCAUCCAUCUGAGGAGAAUGGAGAUAACACUAGUGAUAGAGUUUUUUCAUCCGAUGACUGUGAAUUUCAAGGAAGCCAUUUUUAUGAAAGUUACUCAUCUUCAGGUGGGACCAGUGCAUCUUUGUCAAUGUUUCACUCAGAAGUAAAGAAAAUUUUUGUAAGCCACAGGAAAGAACCACAAAGAGAAUAUCAAGCAAUACAAAUUUCCUCUAAUAAUUUAUUUUCAAUAAUGAAAACAAACAGUACAAAAAGCACAUUUCCUGAUGAUCUUAGGUUUCAAAACCCUUUUAAAACUACAAGAGACAAGGAUCUCAAUGUGGCACCAUGCCCUCCUGUCCAUUUAUUUCUUUCUAGCAAUCAAAUUAGACAUGUGGAAGAAAACAUAAGAAGAAGAAUCCCUGUGAACCCCACGGCUACAUUGGUGAGGGAAGUUGAUUAUUUGCACCAUACAUCUCAGGAGCCAUCGAUUCAUAAUCAAUAUUCUAAUGAGGUGGUUAUUCCUGUGGAAGAACAAGAUACUUUCCUGAACCAAAAUGUCAUACAGAAUCAAAUGAUUCAUGAAGCACAGUUUACUAGCCAAAUCCAACAAUUUAUUCACAACCAAGAGUCAUUCAGCAGCCAGCCUGGGUUUGCUCAGCCUCCAGAUUUUAUAAAAAUGCCAUUUUCUAGCAGCACACAAGACCUCUUCCAGGCCCAAGAUAGAGAUCGUAAAGAAAAAAGCCAACAUUUCAUUCAUAUUCCGUGUAUUGUAGGAACACAAGACUCAACCCGGGGCAUAGAGUCUGAUGAAAGUUUCAGUGAGACCCAAUAUUCUGUUUAUUUUAGUGACCCAAAAGAGAUUAACUAUUUAGUCAAAGGGCAAAAUAGUGUUUUCCAGAAUGCUGAAUUUCUAUCUUUAAGUCCAAAGUCAUCUGCUGAAGCUGUUCCACAACAAAAGGGAAUGCCAGAAAGCCAUCAACCAAUACCUUCAUUAGAUUCCAACCAGUAUGAUGCAUGCAAUUCAAUGUCUCUUAAACCUACCAUUAAAAGGCAAAGAAAUAAGAAAAAGAUACCAGACAAUGAAAGAAAACUAAAUCUUAAAGUUCCAUCUUCGAAAGCAAAGAAAAUGUCUUGUUCACAGGUAUUUCCAAACAUAGUAUGUCACACUUUAGAAAAGAAGAUUGAAUUAAGACCCAAGAAGAAGAAAAUAGUAUACCAAAGGAAAAUAAUGGCAGUUAUAGCUUUGCAUCUUAUUUCCAUCUCUAAGCUUAUUACUUACCAUGUUAAAAAGUAUUUCUUGAAAAAUCUAGUGAUGGUCAUUCCAGACGUAAUGAAACAUGAACAUUUUCUACAGGAGCAAAAUGGGUCACCAGACACAGAGAAAAUCAGUUUUACAAGUUCUACUGAUAGAGGAAGCAUGGGUGUUAUUGAAAACUUAGAACACUCAUUCGCAGCCAACACCGAUGAACUGGCAGCUCCUUGUUCAUUAUUUGAAACAAAUGGAGAGAAGAAGGAGUCUAGUGAGGACUCAGUUCAGCAGGCAUUUGACUUGAACAUUCCAAAGCAUGAGGGGCAUUUAGAAAUGCUAUCAGAGUCUUCACAGAAAGAUGUGUUGUUUCCCAAUACAGAAUUAAACAGAAGAAUGAAAGUGCAAAAGAACGGACAAACUACAGAGAAUGUAGAUGAGUUAACAGUCAGUAUACCAAACACACAAAGGUGCUUUCCAAAAGACAAAAUACAGCAAGCCAAAAAUUCAAUGGAAAUCAUUCUGAACUUUUCAGGUAUCAAUUCACUUAUUGCCCUAGGAUCCCAGCAGCAAGAAAAAAAUGAGUUAAAAGACAUAACUUUUCAAAUAAUUACAGGAAGCAUAAAUUUGAAGGAAGAAGAACCAUUGAUGACUAGUAUUACAGAAUACGGUAAACCAAGUGACAGUGAAAAGCUGGAAUGCAACACAAGAACCAAUAAAAAGAACAGACAUCAAGAUGAAAGGAUGUCAGAAACCUCUGAGAAUGCCACGGAGGCUACCAUUUCUGAACCCUUUGAUAUGGAACUAUGUAGCAGAUUAAAAGCCAAGGCAGACACACCAACAAUAAAUUGUAGUCACUCUGCACUCAAGCAAGAGAAACUCCUGGAUAAAAAGAAAAUACAGGAAGUAGAGCAUCCUGAUAAGGGCUCUAUAUGUAGAAAGCCAGAAAAGUGUGACAGAGAAAGAAAAGAAAGAGAAACAGUUCCAUCACUGGCAGACUUUAGAGUCAUUAUAUGUCUGAAACAAAAGGACAAAUGUGUCCAAUUUAAAAUGGAACAGAUCCAAUCAGAAAAUAGAACAAUUCAAAGUGAAGAGAAAGAAGAGCAGCCACGAACUAGUUCUACACAGACAGUAUGGAAGACCAGCUCAAGUCCUUCAACUGAUCCACUACAAGUUGAGAAAAUAAAGCAAAGGACAGUCAAACCUACCGACAAAGAAUGGAGUGCAGAUCCUAUGCGCCCAUCUUUAGUGCCAGAAAACUUGCCUAUUGGUGAAUAUUUAAUUAAAACAACAGAAUGUAGGGUCCCGUUUAGUGGAUAUCCCACAGAGACAUUGGAUGGUCACAUUCCAGAAGACAAAGAAGAUUUGAAAAAGGACUUAUGUGCAGUUGCCAUAAGACCUUUCAAAACCAGAAAAAAAUCAUCAGGAACAAAAAAUGUACUCAGUGUCAGGCACAGAAUCACAAAAGUGAAGAAACCUGCAUUUUUCCUGAGGUUUUGUAUCACUCCAUAUGACACUCUGAACCACAAGAGAAAAAUAGGAGACAGCUUUGAAAGCAUCAUUAAACAAAUGCUGCAUAAUGCAAUACUGGCACAUGGGCUUCUGAAUGUUCACCCUCACAGGUAUCUCAUUCCUAAUAAAAAAGCAAAUAUAAAAAUAAUACCCCCAAAACCUCAAGUUGAAAAGAAAGGAAAUAGUUUAGAUGUCCUUACUAAAGAAAGCAAAGCUGUAGAUACUCUAGAAGUUCAGCUGUGCUGUGGUAUGAAAGUACUGAAGCAAGCGCAACCAGAGGUGGCGGCUCAGCGGAAGAGGAGCUUCGGAUGUGAUGCACUUCCGCUGGAAGAGAGUGAAACAGAGAAACAAGUGUUUCAAGCAGUAUCUUUCAAAGAAGCAAUUAAGACAAUUGACUCACUGAGAAUGGAUUCAUUUUCUGUUGCAAACAGGAAGAACAGCACAUCUACACAAACAGAGCUCAAAUUUUCUGAAGAAUUAGAGUUGGUUCCUCCAACAUCAGAAAAAUUAGCAAUGGGAGACUCUCUGAGCCAAUCAAGAGAAAGUAAUAUUCUAAAUAGUGGGAAUGAUACAAGAGAAAUUAGUUGUAGUUUUACCCAAAAAGUUUUCUUGUGGUCUUUAAAUUACUACAUGCCUGUUUUGACGCACUCUAAAAAAAAGAAAGACCGAACAAAAUUCACAAAUACAAGUGCAGCAAAGUUCAAGUUUAUGAAUAAGAUAAAACCACCAGCUUCAAAAACAUUCAAUAUCACAAGCAAUAAAAAGUCAAAAUUGGACCACAAGACCAAAUUUAAAAAGAUAAACCAAGCUAAAGCACUUUUACCUGAAUGUCAAAACACUGUUUGUUUAUCCAUCCAUAGCAGAUUGCAAGGAGGAUUCUGUUACGCUCAACUAAAGCAACGAGAAUUAGCAAACAAAACAUGUGUUUUUGGCAUUGCUGAGAGUAGUGCAAUACAUGAUAGAGAGAAAAACCUUCAAGAAGAGAAACAAGCAGCACUUUGCCAUGGCCAACACCUGUGGGCUGGUGCAGAUCAAAGCAAGGAUACUCUCUUCAAUGAUCCAGACCCAUCUCUUAUCUCUUUAAGUCAAGAACAACUUGUUAAAACUCAGAGUGUAAAGUGCCAAAAAGAUUUCCUGCAAAGUACUUUGGAGGCCACUUUACAAAUAGAUCCCACAGAAUCUGAAGGAUUACAAAAAACUACCAAAACAGAAAAUGACAUAAAAUUCCCUGUAGUUCCUAAAAUUUUAUCUCCCAAAGCAGGGAACUCUUCACCUAGUGAAUUUACAAACAUGACAGAUGAUGAUUUAGAAUUUGACAAAAAUUCUGAAAGUGAACUAGAUUCAUAUCCUGUAGAAAAAGAUUCAGAGACAUCAAUAAAUCUGCAGUCUUCUGAUUCUUUUACAAGAUCCUUUGUUUCUAGACCUAAAAGGAUGAGAAAAGCACCAAGAUCAAAGAAGAAGAUACCAGUGAAUCAGAGACGUAGAGCUAUGGGGGAAAUAAAACCAUCAUGGACAGUUAACCUCAGGUACAGCAAAAAACUAAAACAAAACAAAGAAAUGAAAGGUCCACAGCAAAAGUGUAACAUAGAAGUUGCCUGUUUAGAUGUCAUUCAUUCCAACGUACAUAUUUUGCCCAAUAAAAACAUUAGAAAUUCAAAAACAUGGACAGGUGAACAGAGAAUAAGAUUUGGUCAUAUGCAACUAACGCAAGAGAAGUCACCAAAUGAAAGAAGUGCACAGUGUCCAGAUUCUGCUGAUGCAAGUAGUUCCUCUAGCUUGAAAAACUAUAAAGAGGAGAAAAAAGAGAAACUAGAAGACUUCCUGGUCUCAGAAAAUAGCCCAGGCCUUAUAUUUGAUAUGUAUCAAGAAAAAGACCAUGACCUUGUUAGUUCAUACAAACAACUGGACCCACGAGGGAGAGCAACCACUCAGGUGCAACCACAAACACCCACAGAAGCAAUUUUGUAUUCUACAACAUGCCCCAUCCCAGAGGAACUUCAAUUAGAAAAGCUACAGGGCUGUUUCAGCAUGUUCCCUCUGAAGGUUGGGAACGCCAAGGACAAGGCAUUAUCUGAAAAACAAUGUGAUCUAUCUAAUGAGAGACUACACAAGGAACAGGCUGGUAACAGUGAAAAGGAAGCAAAGGAACUAUCAGUCUCAUACACUAAUCCAGACUAUCGUGGGGAAAUGAAAUGUGACUCAACCGAAAUGCAAGGCAUGAAUCAGGAAAAAAAAAUUGCAGAUGAACCUUCCUCUUCAUCAAAUGUAGCACUGGAUAUUAAUAUAAGCAGCAAGAUAGAAAUAGGAAAAGGCACACUAAGGGAAAAAACACUCCAUUCUAUACAAAUGAAGGCAGAGACAUUGCAUCAUGAAGAGACGAUUACUACAGAUGACAUCAAAGAAAUUGAUAUUCAAAAUAAGGAAGAAGAGAAAAAGAAUGACAACACAUUAUUAAAAUCACUCCCACAAGAUAGCCAACAUUUUGCAUAUUGUUCAUAUCAAAGUAGGGGACCUAAAUCUCAUAAAUUAGGAAAACAAAGAGGGAGGAACAUCCUGUCCAUUGUAGAACGAAGUAUCACAAAGAAGAAUCGGUGGGCAGAUAUAACUCGAAGAGAAUAUGACAUGUACAUAUCAAAUUCAAAGCUCCCUCCCCUAAAACCAGGAGACUCACAAAUUAAUAAAAUUAAUACUGAUAGAACAAAAUAUGAAAGACCAGCCGAUGGAACUCAUGCACAGGAACUGAAUAGUUGGGAUAGAGUGGAAAGAAAAGGGCUUAAAAAUUAUCUACAAGCAACCAUCCCAGAGAUUUUGAAUCUCACAACUUCUGAUGUACCAAAAUCUAAAAGGCAAAGCAAGGUGUCUACAUGCAAAGCCUUACAAGGUAAAAUGUGUUCAACUGGUGUAACUAUGAAAGGAAGAAAAACAUCUGUUUCAAAGGUAUUAACUAUUCCACAGUGUAGUCAAAGAAAAAAUCUACUCCCCAAAACCUUGAAAUCACAGAUUUCUGGAUUAUUAACACAUUCUGAUGUCUUACCUGAUAUUCUUAAUAUAAUCAUAUUGAAAGACCCAACAGCAGAGAAAAACAAAAGAUUAUUAACCCAAGAAUUGACAGCAACAAUGUUAGAGUCUUUGGGUUUCUCCACACCCAUAUCUAAAGAGAGAGAGAAUUUUAAAUUCAUGGACAAGAAAGAUGAAAUGAGUACUAACUGUGUAACUGUUAAAGCAAGUAAGACAACAGUCUUCCAGACACUUAUUCCUGCAGGAUGUGGAACACCAAAACAAAGUAAGCCCAUGGCAGGUUCAUCGCUAAAUGCCAUCUUCUCUCCUAUGCCCAUGUCUCUGAAUGUUAGCGCAUGGAAUGGGGUAAAAGAUGAAGACAUAACGUGGACAGUGAGAUUUAGUCGUGAGCUUCCUGACCAGUCAGUGCACGAGGAGAGAACUUGCCAUACACACUCCACGGAAAAGGAUAAUACAUCAAAUGACACCAAAGAUGUAAAAGGUGAAGGUGAUGAGAAGGGCCCACUGACUUCCCAACACUUCAGUUUCAGUUCUCAGAAUACAGCAGGGCUUAAUUCUGUGCAAUCUGAUUUACAACUGGUUAAUUCAGCAACAUGGCCAGAAUUAGAGAAACUUCUAUAUGAUGGGCAAGCACAGCCGGUCAAUGUGAAUAACCUACAAAGCAGCAUGGUAGGCGUAAUGUCUCCACUUCUAAAUCUAGAGGAAUCUCAAGUUGGCCCCAUACCACAUAACAACACCUGGGAUGGAAAUCCCAGGAUAAAAUGUGACUACCUUAUUUCUGAACAAAAAGCAUGGACUCAAAGAGGCUUAACAGCAUUGGAGCCCAGCUCUAUGUCACCUGAAUACAAAUGUGAGAGCUGCACAUUAGAGUUUCCAGGUAAAAGAGAUGUGAGUCCCAGGGCAAGACAAGUUUUAAGGUUGCUUAAUAUUACAAGGGGUUACACGGGAUUCCAUAGGAAGAAAAGGCACUAUAAUAGUAAACACCAUUCGAGAAACAUGGGAUGCGUGGGAGAGACACUGCUUCACGCUGCUGAAGAUGCUGUGAGUUGUCCACUCAAAUUCCUAACUGGUGAACUUUCACUUGAUACAGCAGCAAAGGCUGAUUUUUAUAGCAGAAUACCACAAAAACCUAUGGCAAAGGGAAAGGCAAAAUUGCAAGCAAACUUUGCCACAACUUUCUUGGGACCUUAUAAUUUUUUUAUACCUGUUUUGUUUGACUUUGAAAGACAGGUAAACAUAAUUAAAUUAUCAGAAAGUGAAAUUAUGUUGAAUCAGAGAUUUUCAACUAGGAAGAGAAAGAAACCACCAAUGUCAACGAUAAUUAAAAUAAAUAGAUACUUUAUCACAAAUCAUAAGAAAUUGAAAUUAAGAAGAAAAAUGAAAGUCAUAUGGCUCAGUGAAAAAAUAACUGAUAUACCUCAAAGCACUGUUCACAUCAUAUCAACUAUCUCUAACAGGAAAAGUAAAUUCGAAGCAGAGGUAAGUUUGAGAAUAUCAAAGUUUACCCAAACACAGCCAACACAUGGGGAGUCACCAGUUGAAGCCAUAGCAGAGUAUGAUGAUUCUGUUGACAGAGGUGAAAACAACAUACAAGUCAUCUUGGAAAAUCCACACACAAACGUGAAGAAAUCACACAAAAUCAGUGAGCCAGCUCAUCGUACUACCAAACAUGGUAAAAAGAAAACUGGCUUGUCUUGUUUAAAAGAAAAGUCUUUAUUUUAUUUGACAGGAAUUGCCACUUUGAUUGCCAAGCAUUUAGUUGCUUCCAAAGAAUUUAAAAACAUGAUUGGUAGCAUGAGCAUAUCUAACCUGUCAGCCUAUAAAGGUAUACCUAAACAGAUACCGGGGUCAAUGGAUUCACAGUUAGCUCGUGAUGGAAGCCAUGCUGCUUUAAAAACAAAUGUGGCACAGGACUUUAGAACCCCAGAGAUAAAAGAAAAUUGUGAGGUAAAUACAGAUAUAAAAUCCAUCUAUACGUGUAUGCCAAUUCAACAUAUAAAAACAGAGUCAUCCCAUAAUAUAUGGGACAUGUAUGGGAAAUCUACAAAAGGAAAUGACCUUUUGCAAAAGGACAAAGCAAAAAUGAAGAGGAAAGGAGAGUUUGAACAGCCGAUUUUGUUUACAAUAGCUUCACAGAGUGUUCAGCCAUUUGGAGCAGAUCAAAAGAAACAACCUGAUCCUUUCAAACCAGAAGCAUUUUCAGCUAACACAGUGCACCACAAGGAUAUCACACUUCAGAAAACAGCUAUUUAUUUUAUAGAUCAAGUUGGAGAAGAGCUUAGCAAAGAGGUUGCUCUUUCUUCUGAUGUACAUACUCUUCAAAUUGGAAGGCAGAACAAAGAAUUUAAAACAGAUUGGAAAACAAAGUCCAAGUCUUUUGCCCUGCCAAAGAAACAGGCAAAGCCUACUAUCUCAGGACCUACAUGGAGUUCUUAUGCCAGUGAAACUACCGACCCUGAAACUGUAAGACAAAAAAAUAAGGCAAAAAUAUCAAAUGUGAAAAGUACUAUGUGUGUCAAACAAAUAAAGCUGAAGGCAAAGAAAAUACCAGCUCCUCUACUUGGACAUGGAGACAGAAGCAAUAAAAAAGAACUGGGACAUAGUAUACAGCACCAGAACUCAUCAGAGCUGAGGAGAAAUGGACAAAACUUGGUGCUAAAAGUUAAUUUCGACUUGGGGUGCUUGAUAUCCCCAGUUGAAAAGCUUACCAGAGUAAAACUGGAGAAAGCCAAGCUGAAAGAAAGAAAAAACAUUCUUUCCCAGACAGUUCUGGAGAAACCAUCUAACCAAAGGCAAGCAUCAUGGUCAGGAUGUGUUGAUGUAUCUAGAAACCUAGAAGAACAUAUUAAAAAGGCACAUGAUCACUGUACUUUGAAGGACAUACACCAGCAAUUUAUGCAACAAUUUUGGGUUAAGUCAGAACACCCUUGCAAACUAGAAGAUUUACAAAGAAAGAUGAACUCUGAGUUACCUUCACAGAAAGAUGAAACUGAUAACCUUGCACUAGAUACCUCAAGAGCUAGAGGAGGAACAAACAUCUACAGUGAUUAUUACAGAAUGACAAACCAAUUCCUAAGAAAGCAAGACAUUACACCAUCAGGUCUAGAGAAGACAGGAGGACUAAACAUAACGGAUAAGCCAUUAGAGUCAAAGGAGUCGUCGCUUAGUCCCAAGCUUAUGGUACAGCAACAAAACCUUUCCACAGAUCCUCUUCUGGGAUCUAUUUCCUCUCAUGUACCACAUCAACCUCAUACUGAAGAGCCAGAGGAAGACAUGAAAAUAAGUGACAAAAUCUUAAAGAAUUCGACCCAACAGCUGAAAAAACUCUCAAGUGAAGAAUAUAUUUCAGGAAUGGAUUACAUGCCAAAAAGUAUUGAAAAACUACUCUUACUUAUUAAAGAACAGGAAAAGAGAAGGAAAAAAAGUAGAGGGAGUAAAAAAAUUGAAAUAACAGAAGACAUAAAAACGAGAGCACAGUUUAUCAACACAACAAAGAACAAUGGUAUGUUCAGGCAAAGAGAAGAGCCAAACAGGAGUAUGGCCACAUUGUGGAGACAGCAAAGGUGGUGUGUACAAGGGAUCAGCCUAGACUAUGUUUAUACAGAUGAGUUUACUUCUAAAGUUAUACAACAAAACAAAAAAACAACAGCUUUCAUGGAAAGUGUCAUGUAUCACAAAAGAGUAAAAAUGAAGGUGAGGAGGACAGCUUCUGGAAGGCUACUUAACAUCACAGGAUAUGGAACCCAUAGCUACAGAAAGGAACUAAGACAUAGCAUCAAUACAGAGAAGGAGCUGCCUCAAGAGAAAACUGUGGCAGACUUACUUUGGAAGAAUUUUUGUUAUUCUGACUACAUCGCAUCUCAAAUAAAAACACUUACAGAAAUAAAAGAGGGAAAGGGCAAACCACAAAGGCUGAAGAAAAUGAAUAAAACUAAAAUGUUAUCUGUGCAAUCUCUUGAUAACAAUUCAAUAUCAAGCACUAUCAGAAAAUCAACACAAUAUAUUAGAAAGCUAAAAGAACACCAAAUGGUUUUACUAGAUAUUAUCCCACAAAAUAAAGAUCAGUUAAUGACUGGCCAACAGGUGGAGGAGCUAAGACAUAUCAACAUCCAUGCCCACUUAGAAAAAGAAGCAUACCGUGUCGUGUUUCCAGACACUGGAGAAUCUGAUUACAGUGGGCUCGAGGAUCAAAGACACAGAGCUGGUACAGAAUUUGAAUUCUCCACUACACAAAGAAUAAAACAAGGAGUUUUGAAAGACCCCAUCAAACAUGCAUUCUCAGCUCCACCCAGAAGAGGAGAGCCCAAAAAGACAAAUAUUUCAAGUUCCAAAGGACAUGACAGAUUUCUCAUGGAGCUGGAUACUUUCCAGAAAAAGACAUGUAAGGUACAAGAACUUCUUGAACAAGAAACCACCUCCAGGAUAGGCUUGGGGCCUGUUACCUGCCCAGUUAGCGAGUCCUUUGACUUGGAAAAUGCUAAGGUACCUAAGGAAGUGGGAAUGUAUCAUAGCAUAAAAAAUAUUUCCCAUCUAUCUGGAAGAGAAGGAUUAAGGAAAACUGACACAGAACUAGGUUCCAAAGUACAGGCAUUUAUUUGCACAGAUCUAGAUGAUUUACACAAAACAGGUAUACCUCAGAGAGACUCUUCAAAGUCAGAUCACAGGCCUAGAAUCGUUCUGAAUUCUGUACAUUGCCACAAGAGGGCGCCUCUUCACACAACACCAGCCUUGCUUACAGCAAAGAAAGGCAGUGGUUACAGUGCUAAAGGUGUCAAAAUGGAUCUCAUGGGAAAAGAAGAAGCAGAGCCAGCUGACAGUCAAUUAAAAUUAAACAGACAGAAAGUGGACAUUUCCAAAAAACUGCAGGAAAAACAACUGACCAUUUUUACUCAGAACAAAGAAAAAAUUCUGGAAGUUUGUUUAUCUUGUAUAUUACAUCAACUUCAGGCCAAAAAUACACAGAAACAAAUAUCAGCAAAAGCAGUUCUAAGUUCAAAUGCUUUUAACACAGUAGUAGAAAAAACAUCUAGUGAACUUAACAUUGGAGAAGCAGAUUGGCAAGAAAGUGCAUGCAAGGCUUUCCCAAUGUCUAAUACCAACUCCUGGAUGGAUAUACACAGGAUUACACCACCACAGGUAAAGAAACCGUUAAAAGCAAUAGAGAAUCUGAACUAUCACUCUUUAAAUACAGAAAACAGAGAAGAGAAAAAAAGGAUACAAGGACAAAAGGACAAAAGGGUAAAAGGACAAAACCAGCAAUCCCCGUCAUUUUCCCUCAAGAAUUUGAAGAAACCUAUACCAUGCUCCCAAAAUUAUUCUUAUGUCCAGGCACAUUUAGAGCCUCUGACAAAGAAACCAUUGUCAGAAGUAGGCAAGGUGUCAGGCAUGACAAAGGGGCUAGACUUACCAUCUAAAGAUCAGCUAAGGACUAUGUGUGAAUGUAGACCAAAGCGGAUUUUCCCUGGAGUUAUUCAAGAGCAAACAAAACGACGAGAUACAGUGUUGCCUUUGGAGUCAGACAGUAAAACUACAAACUGCCCAAGCCUUUUGUUGUCUAAAAGAAAACAGUCAUCUGAUGGAAUACAGGUAAGUAAGUCAGUGUCAAAUGAUAGCUCAUCCAUGCUAAGAGUCAGCACAAAAAGCCUGCCGCAUAAAGCAAGUGAAAAGAAGCAAGAGGAGAUAGAUCUGCCUAAGCUGUUCUUACACUGUCUUUCAAUAUACAUGCAGUUUUUGUAUGAAAAUGAAAAACAGAAGGGCAACAGAGUUAUGAAAGACACAAUAUGGCCUAAAGGAAGAGUCCUAAACGUGAAGAAAUUAGAGCAUCCAUGCAGUAGUUCCACUGACUAUACCCCCAGCAAUAAAGCAGAACCACAGUGUUACAAAAAAGAAAAAAUGAUAUACGUGAAACACAGACAGGAUAAGUCAGGUUCAGUUGUAAUAAAAGCAUGUGACCCCAUCCCUUUACCUCACUUCAAACUGGAAAAAGAGAAAAUUGAUGUGCUUAUCUCAAGUAAUGUAAGACAAGAAAAACAUAAAUCACAGGAAGAGAAGAAUGGCAUAAAAGAAGGGAAGAUGAAGGGAAUAAUAGACUCUAAUAUUACCUUAAAGAUAAAGGAAUCAUUGUCUUAUCCAUCCCAUGAAAAGAAAUUAACUUUACUGUUUAAUACUAUAAAUCAAGGCAGGGUACAAGAAGAGCUAAGUAAAUCAGACAUGAAACAGACAAAAUCUUUUAUUUUGUUACCCUCUCUACCACAUACUAAUUUAAAUUCAAGAAUAAGAGUAGGAAAAGAUAAGUCAAGACUACUAAAGAGCUGCCUUCCACCAUUAAAGCCCCUGUUAUCUCUGAACAGCAGAAAAGUACCAUCUUCACAGGCAUUUAAUGGAGAUAAUUUAGACAAUUUAAUGGAAUUAAAGUAUCUUCCACAGAAGAAAGAAUAUAGAAAUAAUAUACUAGAUUUGAAAGAUAUAAUAGGCUACAUACAUAUUGCUCAAAAGGGUAAAAAGCCACCUUUUAAAUGCUUGUUCUAUGAAAAGGAACCAUGGCGGAACAAUAAAAUACCAAAAAAUAUCCGAGGCAACAAAAAUACUCUAAAUGUAGUUCAAAAUAAACCUUGGGAAUCAGUUCCUUCUCCACCUUAUCUGGAAUGCAAUCCUAAAAUAAUGGAAGCAUACUUACAAAGAAUAACAAAGUUCUGCCUUAGAUCGCCAGCAGUGUUAGAAUCUUCAGGUGCAAUAGAAAUGUGCAAGGAGCCAACUGAUAGUAUUUUAAGCAGUUUUGAAAAGGCAAAAUGUAGACCAUUGAAAGACAGAUUGCAGAUAGCUUCCAAUGAAGUGAUGCAUUCCAGGAAACUCUUUUUGAGACAGAAAUGUUCUUCAGCAUCACAGGAGUUACAAUUUAAUGUUGAAGAAAGAGCAAAAAAGAUGCAGGAAGAUAAACAAAUUAAAAAUUGGAACAAAUCUUUUAUAAGUUCUCUUCCUUACUCUGAAGCAGAUACAAAAAUAAAUGGAGAGGAAACUAUACAAAUAAGAACCCAAUCUUUUAGUGAUCACUCAAAGCUCCAAAGACCAUCAGAUAUAGGGGAAAGAAUUCAUAAAAAGUCCACCUUUGAGCCUGUCUUGAACAAUGUAAAACAUUCCAUGGAACAUGAAGUUCAGGAAAGAGAGGAGAGGACAAAAACAGAAAAAAACAUACAUUUGAAAGAAAAAUCAUUGAUUUCACAGAAAAUUCAGUUAGACAUCAAUGAGCCAGUGCAAGAGCUACAAAACAUUAAAGAGAAAUUAAAUGUGGUUGUAACUAAUGCCAGCACAUGGACAUCAUCUUAUGAACAGACAAAUACACAUGAAAAGUUGAGACAUACUCAGGAAAGAAAAUGCAAACUGGGUGAGAGUUUGACCUUGACAUCUUUACCUUACAAGUUAGACACAGAAAUAGAAGUAAAGAAAGAAACAUGGGUAGAAACAAGAUCCUUUUCUCCAUACUCAGAGAGUGUGGAAUCUUCAGAUGCAGAAAAAAUAAAUUAUGCAGCAUCUUCUUUGAAUGAUAUAAGUGAUUCAAAAAGAUCAAGAUUCAUGUUAUAUAAAGAAGAUGGAAAGAAUACAUUUGAGAGAAGCAUAAUGAAUCCCGAGGUCAAACAUGUGAACAUAAAGAAAUCACUCCUUUCAUGUGUACCCAAAAUAGAGAGAUUUAAAAUGAAUUUUGAAGAACAAAGUAAAAAGGAAGAAGGCAGUAAGGAAAAAGUCAUGCUUCUGAGAGAAACUUAUCCUGCCAUCACUUCUUCAGAUGUGUCUAAAUUAGACAUAGCAGAGGAAGUUGAAACAGAAAUAAUGCAAAGCCAUGUACCAUACUCUGUGCUACAAAAAUCAUUGCCUAUAGGACAAGCACAAUCUACAAAGACCAUUGAUAACUAUUCAACAAAAAGAAAACUAUAUCCACCAUGGAAAGAAGAGGAAGUACAAACCUCAGUCAUUGAUAGUUUGAUGCACCCACGUGGCCCAAUUUUUAAGACAAAGAUAUCUGCACCUCCUCAGGUGUCCAGGGUCAAUAAACACAGUACCCUGAGCAAGAAAAAGACUCAUAGGUGGAGUUGUAAUGAAAAAACAAGACCUAUACAGAAAAGAGCAAGAUACCAUAAUGUGGUUGCAACAAAAAGUGAUGCUUCUGUAUCAGUAGCUAUAGGGCACAUAGCAUCCACAAAGCAAAUUGCUAAAUGUGCAAAAAGGAGAAAACAGGAUUCAGAGCAAGAAGAAGUACAAACCCCACUCCUGGAUGGUUCAACAUACUGCAGUGGCAUAGUUUUAAAGGCAAAUAUAUCUGCACCUACUCAUGUGUUCCUUGUCAAUGAGCACAGUACCUCAAUGAGAAACAGUGAAGAAAAGACAAUACCAAAACAUGACAAAGUGAGACAGCCUACUGUGUUUGCAACAAAAAUUGCUACUUCCAUGCCUUCUUCAGACACUAGGAUGAAUGAACAAAAAAAUUUACUAGGAGAAAUACAAAUUUCUAUUCUACUACCAAAGAUUCAAGAUGUAUCCGUCUCAGACCAAAAGGUGUGCAUGGAAUCAUCAGGUUAUGUGUUAAGGAACAGAAAAGAACCAACACAAGAAGAAGAAAAGAAUAGACUCAAAAAAUAUGUGAAAGACAACAUGAUGCCCACAUCAAUAGAUGAAAAGGUGAAGAACUUACCACGAUCACAUACACUCACCAUCAAAGAGUUGCAGAGGAAAACCCAGGAAAAAAAUUUUGUGGAUCUGGCAAAUACAAUUGUAGAAUUGUCUAUAUCACAACUGCAGCUCAAGAAACUUUCAGGUUCACAAUUAGCUGAUAGAGAAGUUUACAGUGAAAUAAAAUUACUGAAAGAAUACAUGCCACAGAAAGAAAAAGUUGGUAAAGAAAAACAUGUGGUUAUGAACAGUAUAGUGCGCCCUAUGAAUAUAUAUUUGAAGAUCAAAAAAUCACCUACUCUACAUGUGCAGAAUUUGAGUGACCUACAGUGGAAAACUAGAGGGCAGGGGGAAAAGGUCAAAGAAGAUGGAAGUAAGCCAGAUGUAACAUUAACUAAAAAGUUGGCUAAGAUAUCCACUGCUAUGCCUCCCCAACCUAUCCUUACUUUGAAUACUGGAAUCAAGGAAGUAUGUACACCAGUGUUAAAAAGAUCCUCUGUUUUCAUAGGAUAUUUACAAAAACCAACAGAUUCUAAAGAAGGAAUUUACGUUCAGCCAAUUACCAGACAUACUUCAAUUAAUCUACAAAAUGAAAAACAACAUAUGUCAAAGGAAAAAGAAGCUGGAGUGCAAAUAGCAAAUAUCCUAACAAAUCACAAGUACCAAGAAAUGAAGGUGCAGAAACUUAAAGAUGAACAGGACUUGAUUUUGACUGAAUUUCCUUUAUCACCAGAUCUGCCUCAUCCCAAAUUGUAUGAGAAGAUAGAAUACAAUAACACAAAACAAAGACUUAGAAAUUCUGCUUUGCAGAGAAUAUCAACUGAAAAAAAAACAGUACCGAGAGAGGCCAUUGUUGGUGACUCCAUGAAAGAUGUUAAAAAAAAACAUAUGUAUCAGAGAGAAGAGACAUACAGAAAAGAAAUGACAGACAGAAGAGGCACGGAUGUAACUUUGAAGUCACGGAAAUCAGCUCUGUCUCAGAAGCUCCACAGAACAGAAUUACAUAUGCACAUUAAACCACUCAAAUCAAAGAAACUUGAUGAAGGUGUGAGUGAACCUCGAAUUUUAAGAAAAAUGUAUACUUCUAGAUCUACAACCAUGUGUAGAGGUGUACAAGUAGAUGAAGAAAGGCUAGAGAAUAAACCAUCUUUCCUACUCCCACAAAUGGUUCCAGCAUUAUCAGACGCAGAAAAAAUGACAGACAGAGAGGACACGUGUGAUCAUGUCAGAAAAGAAAAACAAUAUGAAAAACAUGUAAAAGAAGCAGUAGACUUGACAGUUGGAGUGCACUGCACAGCAGCACAGGUCUCGUCAAUUUCACAUCUUCUUAAUGCAAAAGAAUUUGUCCUGAAUAUGAAGGUUCUGGAGAAAAAAAUAUACAAAAACAAAAGUGAACUCGCUGUGGUUACAUCGCGGACUUUCAUGUCCAUACCAUCAGCAGCUUCUAGAUGUUCACAGGACGAAACACAAAAAGGCACAGCAGGAUUUACAAAAUCUUCCUAUCCACAUACUAUUAAGGCAACAGUUCACGACCUGCUACUGAAACAAGCCAGACCACAGAAGUCAAAGUGUACGACCAGUCCCCAGCGAAUAAGUGAACAUCGACAAGUAGAAUCAGAAUGUGAGUCAGCCUCCCCAUAUCACAAAAUUGAUCUCACAAGAUUAAGUACCAUAAAAGGGGAGGAAAUGCUGGACAUGUUCAUCAAAGGGCAAAAGGAUCAGCCAGAAAAAUGUGGAAAAGAACCUUCAACAAAAAUUGGAAAUUGGGAGAAAAAGGAAACCAAAGAUAAUUUAAGCCAUAAAGCAAAACCUAAGUUUCCCGUUUCUCCACCAAAGAAAUCACUCAAGGAAACAUUGAUCACAAGUGACACCCCUGUAUAUUCAAAAGUAUUUGUGACAGAGAGAGAACAGGAAACUGGUUUAGGUAAGUCUUAUAGGCCAAAGAAAGAUAGACAGAGCAAUGCUACAAUAAGCAAAAUGCUAACUCCAGAAAAGACAUCACUUGAAAAACUAAGCAUUGUACGUGUGAGUAAGUCUCAAAGAAAGGAAGAACAAAAUGUGAUCAUGAAAGUGCAAGGCACGUCUCUGUCCAAAAGUAGACAGCAGCUAAAGUCAGAAUCAUUUCCUUUUCUUAAUCUUCCAGUUCAUAGCAGAAAUCAGAGGACACCUUUACAAACAGAUGUAGAAAAGAAACAUGUAGUAUGUAUCAGUUCACAAAUAGAGUCAGGAGUACACAUGAGUACUACAGAGUUUAUUACCACAAGAAGGAAAAAAGAUUCACCAUCGAUUGUUCCAGAACAAGAACAGUGUGAUCUAGCAUUGUCUCAGAAGUCUCAUGACUCUCUACUGAAAUCUAGACACCUGGAAGAAAAGGAUGAAACUAACACAGUCUCCAAUGUAAAUUUGAAACAGAAAAAAUUAGUAAUGGACAACAAUUCUACUGUGAUUCAGAAAAAAAGGAAGUUCAAAACAGAUAGAAGCAGAGGUAUCAACCUAGGAGAGGACAAAAGAGAAAUGCAGAAGAGCUGUACCAUCAAUCUGGAGAAUAAAGCUAGAGAGAAGACCAGCAGCACUACACGCCAUGUUCUUUCUCCAGGAACAGAAGAAUUGCAGAACAAGUCUCAGGUAGUCACUCCCAAAAAGAAAAACUACCCAGCCCAGGAAAAGCUUAAAAAGGAGUUAGAUAUAUCUACUGUAAAGCAAAACCUUCAAGAACAAAAAUUUCUUCAAACAAUAAUUAUUGAUUUAUUGAGUACCUGUAUUCCUAUUUGUCUGAAAAGCCAGAAAAACAGAUUCACAGUAACAAACCUGAAGAGAGAAAUGAAACCCAAAUAUUUGACUAUGAGAAUCCCAAAGCACCCAAUUUCAAAGAUGCUUGGUAUCACAGGAUGCGGUAGUCCAAGCAAUAAAAAGAAAUUAGAAUAUGCCUUCAACAAACCUAAAACCAUGGUUCCAAGCAGCAAAGACACCUCCUUAGGAAUCAUCAUCAGAAGUCUUUAUGUUUCCAAAAUAAGCCCACCUUACAAUGAAGGAACAGUUCACUCAAAAACAAACCUAAAAAGGGAAAACAGAGUCUGUCAUUCUAAAUUCCAAGAGAAAUUACCAGAUGCUAGAAAAAUUAAGGACAUCAUAACAAUUCAAGGGGAAGCUGCUCCAGAAACUCUGCCCACAACACUUCAAGAUAAGAACAAUGAAAGCAAAACACUUGCAGAACAUUUGUUUCCCGCUUAUAAAGCACUUAAAAGUGUCUUUGAAUACCCUGUUGAAAAUAAGAUCCAAAACCAAGGUCUUUCUGAAAUACUGGAGCAAGUAGGAGCCUACCAGCCUGGUGAUGCAAAGGCAUCUUCUUUGCUGGAGGGUCCAGACACAUCAUCAGAAACAUAUGCCACAUUGCUAUGCACACCUCUUUUAAAACAGCUAACUCCAGAAUUUAAAAAUAAGCUUCCUAUGCAUUUAGUUUCUAAAGCAACUGAGAUAAAACUGAAUCAGCUUCCAGAGAUGGUGAACAUAUCAUUACAGAAGUGUAAUUCUCACCCCCAAAGGGCUAUUUCAGAAGAUUACAGUUGCAGUCUUUAUCAAAAACAUACAGAAAAGAAGUUUAAGUCUCCAAAGGUUGAUACUAUACAAGCUAACUUAAAAAACAAUUACCAAGAUGUUCAUCCUCUCAGCUGUGUGAAGACAACUACUAAUGUUUCAAGUAGCAGCAUGAUGGUCUCGAUGGUUAAGACAAAACCAAAGGCCAUUGAAAAGCAAGAAAGUGUAACAUCACUAGCAACUUUGAGUAAUCUCCCACAGAGUCACAUUCUUCACAAGUUCUCAGAGAAAGAAAAGGAAGACCUUCUUGCACACCUUUGUGCCAAAACAGUGGAGAUACAAACAAUAGGCCUUCCCGGAAUUGUAGUACAAUCUUAUGCAAUAGCCAAUGCUCAGGAUAAGUCAAAACCUUUAUUUAAGUGUAUCCAUCCUGCCACAAAAGGACCAAAACAAACAAACAGAGUUUUAGUACUUUUCAAUGAAAAAUCUUUUUGUGAAAUUGACUGUGAUUUGCAAUACAAAUAUCUCCAAUCGCUCCCUAAACCUCUCACUGUGAUCUCUAGGCCAAAUGCACUUUCCAAACCCACUGCCAAGUUAAGCGUGGAUUCAGGCUCAGAAUAUAUAAAAGUAGAAGCAAGUGAGGAAAGUAGUACUCAUUCCUUUGACAAAGAACUUUUGCAUGUUUCUUUUCUAAAGCAAAAUGCACAAGAAAAGUCAUUACCCUCCAGAAAAUUCCAGAAGUCUACCAAUGUGCCUGCCUUUUUCCCUGGUCUAGAAGGCACAGAACAGAAUGAUAUAAUUCUUUCAGAUUUAAAAUUAGAAAUGACAACAGAAAGGGAUAAAGAAUGUCAUGUGUGGUUUCAAGAAACCAAUUCAUACAAGCACUCUGUUUCAGGAACUCAGCAAAAUACUGCUGGUUUAUCUGAUUCAAAUUUUGAUGAUGGGAUUUCUGAUGAUGGGAUCGAUAUCCCCCUAAAUACUGAGACAUCAACUGACGUGGUGGAAUGUCCAGCUCCUGAAGUAAGUGACAGUGAGGAAUGUGUGUUUAUAGAAACAAAUUUUUGCUUAACUCAGGAUUCACAGGAGCUUCUGUUUGAGGUACCCAAAGGCAUUCCAUUGACAAAUAUUCACAAAGUCAAUGAAGCAACUUAUUUGAAACCAUUUUACUCUGAAGAUCCAAAUGACAAUACUAGAAUCUGUAGGAAACAUACCUCCCCUUGCUAUCAGUUUAAAAAUAACAGGAAAUGUAGGUCAAACUCCAAAAUGCAGCCUUCUGACUGGCCGUCUCACAGCUCAGCCAACACUAUUGAAAUCGAGUCUAAAUCAUCUUCCAUAACGUUCAGUAAAGCAAAGCACUGGACCACGACCACAUGGAGCAGAACAAGCUACUCUUUAACCUCCUCAACAACCGAAUCAAAUAUUAAAUUGAGUCUCACAAAAAAACAUGGCAAGUCUCACAUGUACCCACAAAUCAAAGAAAGAAGGAAGGCUAAAUCUGAUUUAUGGAGAAAGUCCCAAAUCUACCAGAGUUCAGAUUGCAGCCACUCUCACGGUGAAAAAAAGCAGGCAAGGAAAAAAAGACUAUAUCAUUGUGAAUCAAAAGAGUCAAAUUCACAAACCAAUCAGAUGCCAGAGCCAAAUUCUCAUUGGCAGAAUAUCAAAUUCUAUUCAGAAAGAAGAGGAAAACAGCCCUUUUUUUAUGUCUGUGUACCAGCAGAUUCAAUGGAUGUUAUCCCCCAAACCAUUCGCUGGGUUGUCCCCCCUAACAUAUUACAAAAGAGACACUUCCAAAUUCCGCAAGUGGCAAAUAUUUCAAAUUCUUGUAAUCGAUGGAGUUCAUCAAAAAAAUUUUUGGACUCACUCGCAGGGGCCUUUAAUACAGUCCGAUAUGGGCUGAUACCGGUGGCACGUGGAUGCUCCUGA